CUUUGCUGUUCUUUUUCGACUACCCAGAAAACCGCAAACGCAUCACCAAAACUCCUUGUCAGAGGAGUCGCGAGGCCGCCCUGUCAACGGAGCCACCACCUUCCCUUCCCCUCCCUGCGAAACGGGUUGAAAAGCACACACCUUUGUAUUUAAACAUCAGGACGCCUUCGGUAGCUUAUAUAUAUUUUUAAAAAUCAAAAUCGUCUCAUAUAGUCCUUAUAAUGGCGGCGAGUGCAAAACGAAAGCAAGAGGAGAAACACCUGAAGAUGCUGAGGGAAAUGACCAGUUUGCCAGCUAAUAGAAAGUGCUUCGACUGUGACCAGCGUGGUCCGACCUACGCCAACAUGACGGUGGGCUCCUUCGUGUGUACCUCCUGCUCCGGUAUCCUACGAGGACUGAAUCCACCCCACAGAGUGAAAUCGAUCUCUAUGACAACAUUCACACACCAGGAAAUAGAAUUUCUACAGACACACGGCAAUGAGUUAUGUCACCAGAGCUGGCUUGGUCUUUAUGACUGCAAAACCUCAUCAGCACCUGAUUUUAGAGAAUCACAGAAACUCAAGGAGUUUCUUCAAGAAAAAUAUGAAAAAAAGAGAUGGUAUGUACGUUUAGACCAGACCAAGCCAGUGUCAUCUGUCCAUGCAUCUAUCUCUGGAUCCUCAAACAGCAGUACCAGCAGCACUCCAGAAGUUAGGCCUCUUAAAUCCCUUUUGGGCGAUUCGGCUUUGACCCUACAUCUCAACAAGAACACCCCAUCCAGUCAAUCUCCGGUGGCCAGCCAUGGACAAACCCAUCAGCAGCAUGACAAGAAGUUCGAUCUUCUCGGUGAUCUUGGAGGUGACAUCUUCGCUGCACCACCAAAAAUUAGUGCAGGCCCCAGCUCAAGUUUUGCAAACUUUGCAAAUUUCAACAACCAUACAACAUCACAAAAUGCCAACAUGAAUGCAGAUUUUGCAAAUUUUGAUGCAUUUGGGAGCAUUCCUGGGUCAAUGUGUGGUAUCCCUUCAGCACCCCAAGUCCCAUUCCCAGCAUCAAGUACAGCAUUCACUGUCCUUUCAUCCAGCCGCGGUAUAUGUGAGAUUGCAAGUGCUCUGCCUUUCCAGGUUGAAUGCAGUAAUUCUUCAGGGGGAAUAGCAAAUACCAUUUUUGCAAAUUUUGACAACAUCCCCAAAUCAUGUAGCGCUGGCUUUGGAUCCUUCAAUUCUUACUCCCAGAGUAACUCUACAGGAGCAUGCAGGGACACUGGACAGACUACCAGUGUCCCAGCUGAUAAAUACACAGCCCUUGCUGACCUGGAUAACAUGUUUAGUUCUGGCAAAACAGAGCAAGGGGGUGCUGUUACUUCUGGGAUGAAUACAGUUUCUGGAGUGUCUCAUAGUCAACAAGCACUGGCCAAAGGAGAUCGCUAUGCUGCUUUAGCUGAACUUGAUACAGUUUUUGGCCCCUCAGCGCCCUCCUCUUGUGUUUACAACAACAACAACAGCAGCAGCACACAGGGGGUUUCAUUACCCUCAGAUAAGGGACCAUCCACCACCCAAGCACAACAACUGGUACCCGGUAUGGCUCAAACUUUUAUGGCACCCCAGCCAAAUAAUCCUUUUGUAGCUGCUGGUGUCACAACUGCACCGUCCAACCCAUUUCAAAACAACAAAGCCGCGACAGUGGCAGCUGCGGCGGCGGCAGCAGCAGCAGCAGCAGCCGCAGCCUCAUUUGGCACAGCCUCCAUGAGUAUGCCUGCUGGAUUUGGCAAUACUGCAGCCUACAACUUCCCCACUAGCUUUAGUGGAACCUUCCAGCAACCUUUUCCUGGCCAGGUGCCCUACUCACAACCGACAGCAUAUCCCCAGCAACUCAAUGGUGGAGGAUUUCCGGUCUUUGGCCAGGGAAAGCCAGUCGUUACUCCUUUUGGACAGACGAUGGCUGGACCAAUGGUCUCCAAUAACCCUUUUCUGGGUGGUGGUCCAACGGCGCAAUAUCCAGGUGGCUCUUCAACAAAUCCCUUUUUAUAGCAUUCCAUCAUAUCGCUACUCUUCAGGGUCAACAGAUGUCGCUUGCACCCAUUUCACUGUUUUGGUAGCUUUAAAACGCAAUGUUUGUAUAGAUUUGUAUUGCAGGUUGACACAAAUGUUCCAUUCUGAUGUGUGAUAGUCAUGACACUGUCUAGGGACAAAGUAAGUGAUGGUGACUGCAGAGGGGGAGAUUGAUCCCCUCUUUUCUGUUCGACAUGUGAAUGGAUCAUCAAACUUGUUCAAAAGUAAGGUUCGCAAGCAGUACAAGUAAUAAUUACACUGAAAUUCUAUGACAAUGUUUCUGUCAGCAAAUUCACUCUGCAUAUCAGUAUUUGUAUACAGGUUUUGUCAUAACAGCACUGUUGCUUGGAAAACCCACUGGGUACUGCCAUCCAAAUUAUUUCAUUAUGCAGGAUAAUUUUAAGUAAACCCUACAAAAAUGGCUGUUCUCCUGACAAUAGGUGAUAAGAGAAAGAAUACUGUAAUGUGCUUUGCCGGGCCACGCCUGCACGAAAUUGGCCUGGCUCUUGUUAUCCAAAUCCAUCCCAGGAUGGCAUAUAACCUGACAACCACUUACAUUGGGUAUAAGACAAUUUUAUGUUAAGUUUAUUUGUAUUUAUGAAGUAUAUAUUAAAAUGAAUUUUAAGAAUUGACCACAUCUUUUUUUUUUUUUUUUUUUUUUUUAUGAUUGAUUUUUGUUUUUUUUGAUUGAUUUAUGAAAGUAUUUGUGUUUACAUAAAUUACAGAUAGAGCGAUUAUCGGCCGGGCCGAUAUGAAGAAAAAAAAUCAAUUUAAAACUGGGUUAUUUCAGCUCAGAUGCAACCGCUCCUGUCUCUCCUGCAUUAGCAUUCACCCUGUCCUCGGAUUGGUUAAUGGUAAUUGUAAAUUGAACUGCACAUUUGUUUUGCGCCUUCCACCUUUUUAAGGCCCUCAAAGCACUUCACACUAUAUCCUCAUCUACCUACCGGUGAUGCAGCACCAGGCACAACAUGGGGUUUUGUGAAUCGAACCCACAACUUCUUGGUUGGGAAACAACUACCACUGAACCAAACCACCCCCUAUUAUAAGCUAUUAUUUUCAAUUUGUGUGAUUCAAUAAACAUGCUUA